UACUAUUUCUGAACUAAAUAUUUCCUUGUGGAAAUUGAAAUUUUUAUCAAACUAAUUUUGCAACCGGUCUGGAAACAGAUGAAUCAGUGCCCGGUAAAUAACGGAAAACCGGUGCGGCCGAGAAUGAACUUGUUUGGUGGACUCUAGGCCAUUGGCUGUUUUAAGGAGGAUAUUCAAAUUAACAGCAACGUUUGAGCUUUUUAUUUAAUCGUAAUAUAUUUAUUCGCAUGUUUCUAUAAUUUCUCAACAGGAAAAUGACUGUUCGUCACGAGGAGUACAUGUUCAGCUGUGAUUUGAAAAAACGCCGAGUUUUCGAAGAACAACAAGUUUCACGGGCUCUUUUGAAUUUUCGAUGGACAAAACAUAUUCCUAUGGGUUGUGAUCAGACGGGGAAAGGCCAUCAAGAAGAUAUUAGUGCGAUUGAUAUAGAUGAUGGUGACCAAAUGCUACUAUUUGGAUCUCAUAGUGGUUCAGUGUCAGUUGCCAAAUAUAAAUACUUGGAUCGUAAAAAGUGGAAGAAACCUAUGACUCUAAAACUUGCGAAGCAAUCUCUGAAAACAAUAAAAUGGUGUCCAAUCGAUCUUCGCCUUUUCAUGGUUACAACAGCAUCAAAUUGGAUGCGAGUUUGUGAUAGUACCAUGGAAAAAGUGGUUCAUGGGAAACAAUUUGAAGGAGAUGUUUAUUUUGAUUGGAAUGAGUAUAAUAUGACAAAUUCAAAAGUUGCCGUGGCAGAUGGAGGGAGAUCAAUGAAAAUUAUAGAUUUUAGAGUCGGAAUGGAUCUACCUCAAUCGAUAUAUUGGAAUGAUGAACCAAUUGAUGUUGUACAGUGGUAUCCAUCAAAACAUCAUUACUUAUAUGCAGGACGACGAGAUGGAACAAUUGGACUAUUUGAUAUUCGGAGCACACGUGGAGCAAUUGCUGAGAAAUCUCUUCACAAAUCACAAAUUUAUGGACUAAAAAUAUCUGCCGAUGGACAUCGUCUCAUCUCUGCCGAUAGAUCGGGGUACAUUCAUGUGGCAGAUACGUGGGAUUUCAGCACAAAAUUUGAUUUUUCCUGUGAAUUCGAUCCACUUAUGCAGCGUCGUCCAAAUUUGGAAUUUAUAUAUGAGAAGGAUUUUUAUGUGGCAACGAAUUUUGAAAAACUGACGAUCAUUCGGUUUUCUGAUAAUGAUAAAUCAAGAAGAAAUCCAGAUUUUCGAGAAGUUGAAGCAAAAGUGUUGUGGGAUAAGCCCUUCAUUUUUCGAAAAUCAAGCUAUGAGAUAAUCACAGGCUUCAACUACAAUCAUCUGAAUAUUUUAUCCCUUGACAGAUCAACCAAAGAUCAAGACGAAGUAUAGCAGGUCGCAACCAAAAAGAAAACACAUUUUAUAAAAUUCUUUAAUUUUUAUUUUCUGGUCGCAAAAUUUUUUACGAGUUUUAAUACGAUUUUUAAAGAUGCAUAUGCACAUGAAUGAAUAUUUUCUAAAAUUGUCAC